GAGAGCAGGAGGGAGGGAAGCGCGAGCUGUCUGGUGCAUGCUGGCUGCUGCCUGAGUUGCAAUUAGAACUACAAAUGUUUCCUUUGAAGCUUAGCGGCUGCAUUUUUGCUCUUAAAUUCCCUCUGCUGUUUGUGUUAGUAGAAGCAACUACCAGAACCUAUUACAUUGGGAUUGUGGAGGAGAACUGGGACUAUGCACCGACUGGGAAAAAUUUGAUUACAGGACAAAUCCUCACAGAAGAUGAACAAGCAAGUUUCUACGUGAAAAGAGGAGCCAUCAGGAUAGGCAGUAUUUACAAAAAGGCUAUCUACAGGCAGUUCACAGAUGGUACUUACACACGGGAGAUCCCCAAAGCUUCCUGGCUGGGGUUCCUUGGCCCAGUCUUGAAGGCUGAAGAAGAGGAUAUCUUUAUUGUCCAUUUAAAGAACUUUGGUUCACGUCCAUAUUCCAUGCAUCCACAUGGUGUCUUCUAUGACAAAGAGUCUGAAGGAGCUCUCUACCCAGAUGGAACAGGUGGCAAAAGCAAAGAGGAUGAUUUCGUCAUGCCUGGUAGAAAUUACACAUAUACGUGGCGAGUGAAGAACAAUUAUGCCCCCACCUCAGCAGACCCAACAUGCUUGACAUGGAUUUAUCAUUCUCACAUUGAUACACCUAGAGAUAUCAGCACUGGUUUAAUUGGGCCACUGCUGAUUUGUAAAAAAGGAACAUUAGAUGACUCCACAAUGCAAAGGACUGAUGCUUCUAAAACCUUUGCCUUGAUGUUUAGCGCUGUAGAUGAAAAUCUCAGCUGGUAUCUUGAUGAGAAUAUAAACACAUUCUGCUUGGAGCCAACCAUGGUUGAUAAAGAGGAUGAAGGAUUCAUACACAGCAACAAAAUGCAUGCUAUCAAUGGUUACAUUUUUGGAAAUCUCCCCAUCUUGGAGAUGUGUGCUGGUGAAUCUGUGUCCUGGCAUUUGUUUGGAAUGGGUAACGAGAUAGAUAUGCACUCUACCCAUUUCUAUGGCCACACUGUCACUAGCAGAGGCCACAGGUCAGAUGUCAUCCACCUGUUUCCAGCUACCUUCAUAACUGCAGAAAUGAUUGCAGGGAACGUUGGAAAGUGGCUGUUAGCCUGUCAAGUAAAUGACCAUUUGCAAGCUGGCAUGGAGGGCCUGUAUAAUGUUCAGACCUGCAAUAAAAAUAUUUCCCAGCCUUCACUGAGUGGUAGAGAAAGAAGAUACUUUAUUGCUGCUGAAGAAGUGCUCUGGGAUUAUGGACCUGAAGGCUAUGACAAGUUCACCGGGCAGGGUUUAAAUGCCACUGGCAGCAACUCUGCAACGUUCUUUACACGAGGAGAAGACAGGAUAGGAGGGAAGUACUGGAAAGUUCACUAUGUAGAAUAUGCUGAUGCUGAGUUUACCAGAAGGAAGAACUUGACUGAAGUUACAAAGCACCUUGGAAUACUUGGUCCAGUUAUCAAAGCUGAAGUGGGAGAUACGGUAUUAGUUACUUUUGCUAACAAAGCUGACAAGAACUAUAGCAUUAUGGCCCAUGGCGUGAGCUACAACAAGCUAUCGGAGGGUGUGGCCUACUUAGAUGGCUAUCAGAAGCUGGGAGCCCAUGUCAAACCAGGCGAGACCUUCACAUACAAAUGGAGAGUGCCUGAAACCAUAGGCCCAACAGCUAGCGAUCCACCAUGCCUGACCUACCUGUACUACUCAGGAACUAAUUCAAUCCGGGACACCAGCUCUGGCCUUGUGGGGCCUUUGCUAGUUUGUAGGACGAACUCUUUGAAUCAUGAUGGAACACAGAAAGGGAUAGACAGAGAAUUCUAUCUGCUCUUCACUAUCUUUGAUGAGAAUGUCAGCUGGUACCUUGACAGAAAUAUUGAGGUAUUUACUGGGGACUCCUCAAAAGUAAACAAAGAAGAUGAAGAUUUCCAGGAAUCCAACAAAAUGCAUGCUGUAAAUGGAUACUUGUUUGGUAACCUGCCAGGACUAGCAAUGUGUAAUGAUGACAAAGUUUCUUGGCAUCUGAUCGCACUAGGGACCCACAGUGACAUGCACGGAGUUCAUUUCCAAGGCAACACCAUUCAUUUGAAAGGGACAACCAGGGACAGUCUGACCCUGUUUCCUCACUCGUCAUGGACAGCGCUCAUGCAGGCUGACCAUGUGGGCACUUUUGAAGUGGUUUGCAGAACAUUUGAUCACUUUAUUGCUGGAAUGAAACAGUUGUAUGAAGUCAAUAGCUGUACCAACAUGGGUCACUCCAGGCAGCUCUAUGCAACCAUGAGGACUUUCUACAUUGCUGCAGAAGAAGUGGAAUGGGACUAUGCAUCUAAUAAGAGCUGGGCACUGAGAAAACAGAACAUGACUGGAGAAGCAGAAAGCUAUGGAUAUGUUUUUGUGAGCAAAGGUGAAGAUCGGAUUGGUUCAAAAUACAAGAAGGUAGUGUACAGAGAGUACACAAAUGGAGACUUUACAAGGCACAAAGUGAGAUCAGCACGGGAGGAGCACUUAGAAAUCCUGGGGCCAUUAAUCCACGCUGAGGUUGGAGAGACUAUACUGAUUGUGUUUAAGAAUAAAGCAAGCAGACCCUAUUCAAUAACUGCACAUGGCAUUGAAGAAGUGGGUAGUGGAGAAAGACCUGAAACGCCAGUCACUCUGCCAGGGGAAAUAAACACAUACAGAUGGAAUGUCCCAGAAAGGUCCGGCCCUGGUUAUUCUGAUCCAAACUGCAUCACUUGGGUUUAUUAUUCAACAGUGAAUUUUGUUAAGGACAUGUAUAGUGGAUUAGUUGGGCCAUUAAUAAUUUGCAGAAAAGGAAUACUAAAAGAGAAAGGCCUAAGGAAAGAUAUUGAUCGUGAAUUUGCUCUUCUGUUCCUGGUGUUUGAUGAAAAUGAGUCCUGGUAUUUGAAAGAAAAUAUUGAAAAGUAUCUUCAUAAGAAUCCUGAUAAUCUUAAUUACACAGAGGAAUUUUUGGAGAGUAACGUCAUGCAUGCAAUUAAUGGGAAGAUCUACAACAACCUUCUUGGUCUAACGAUGAAUAAGGGUGAAAACACUAACUGGUACUUGAUAGGAAUGGGAAAUGAAAUCGAUAUACAUACAGUCCAUUUUCAUGCACAGAGCUUCAUCUUCAAGACAGAUAAAGAUCACAGAGCAGAUGUGUAUGACCUUUAUCCUGGGACAUUUCAAACAAUUGAACUUGUAGCAGAUAAUCCUGGAACGUGGCUUCUGCACUGUCAUGUAGCUGACCACAUUCAUGCUGGGAUGGAGACAACUUAUACCAUCAAUGAAUCAGAUAACCAAGGGUCUGUGGAAGGAAUUACAACUAUGGUAUAUGAUCUAAAAACUGUAAAGGACAGCACUACUGUUAAGGGCCAUGACAGAGGAGGAGUAGAAUUCCUUGGCAAAACUCUGGAUCCUGGAGAAGCUAGUUCAACUCUUGUAGCCCUUUUUUUCAUUGGACUUACUCUUCUGGUAACAGUGUUAAUCCUCCUCAGCCUUAUCACAUGCCAGAGAAAAAGGACAUAUUACAGGGGUACGCAUCGCAAGUGCAUGCUGCCAACCGAUUCCCUAUAGCUCUGUUUUUAGGACUACUUUAGAGCAGUGGGUUUCAGGGCAUGCUGCUGACAUACUUCAGGCUAGAUAUAGGAUUAUGGAAAUGUACAAAAUGAGCAUCCAAUCUGGCAACAGUAGUUCAGCGUGUGUGAAUGUGGGCUGCAGGCUUAGACUCCCACAGCCACAACCUGCUUGCUUUUGCAGCCUGAUUUUGCUCUGCAAAAGUCAGUUGGAGCUUUGUCACCGAAAUAGGCAGGAGCAGAUUCAGGCUUAUACUUGCUGAUGUCAGUGAGUGCUCACCUGAGUAUCUUAAGCAGGAUUUGCUUCUGAGACCUCAUCCCUUGCAUCAAAUGUCUGACUCACUCUGUAAAGCUUAAUUAGGCCAUGUUAUUUCAAGAUUUUGGAACAAGCUGUGACUGGAGCUAUGUGUAGCUCAGCCAGUUAGGGGGUUCAGGACAAGUUCUCUCUAGUUGCUGUUCGUGUUUGUAUUGCCAAGGGGUUUGAGGCUCAAGUAAGCAAUAAAAAGCCUAUUGGGAACCACAGUAACUCCAGUCAUUGUAUGUGCACAUUAUAAUGAGCUCAAGAUCCUCUAUGGAGACUGGGAAACACUAGUGAUAGUUUUGACCAGUGUAGGUUAAAUUUCUAGGGAUUACUUUUGCUCCCUUUUAAAGAACUGGGAGUAGAAAUGGGGGCCAAAGCCUGUUGUCAUUGAUGUAUGUAUUCUCAUUAACUUUCCUGGAUUUGCGACCAGAGCACAAACCAUGGGAGUUUUUCCAUGCCCCUGGUUUUAUAAGUAAUGAUUUUCUCUCAGACAAAAAAUAUAUUAACCACAGAGAGAGGGAUUUUAACAGAAUCUUUUUGCCAGGAAGGUAACACACAGAGCUAAACAAUGCCCUAAAGUAUUGCCUGUCUUUGCAGAAUUUGGCCCAUACAACUCUGCUAUGCUCAGCUUUUUUCAGUCUGCCAGAUUUUGCAGGGUCUGUUGAAAAUCUGGAAAAACUCUAUUUGUUCAUUGGGGGUACUCCAGAUUUAUACCAGCCUAUGAUCAGAUAGUGGCUCAAUGCAUCUGCUGGAAUUUAAGAACUAUGCAGUGAGUGCCACAUUUUUAAAGGUAUCUAAAUGGGAUUUCAAAAGUGCUUCAACCCAAUGAAUGUUAAUCACCUGGGCACUUCUAAGCAUCACACUGGGUGUCUAUCUAUAUGUCUAGACACCUGAAUGAAUACCUUUACAAAUCUGAUCCUGGGUUACCAAAGAGAAAGAUGAUUUUGUAAUUGCUGCUUAAUGUCAGCCUAAUUCUGUGACCUUUCUUCACCCAGGGUAGUAUCAUACUCCCUGAUUUCAGUGGGACUGCUCAGAAAGUCAGGACAGUGAUCCCUGGUGUAAGGGUAACAGAAUUAGGUCCUGUAACGUAGUGAUACUUGAAUGUGGAUAGUUUGUUUUGUAGGUAUUGUUUAUUCCUGCAACAAAAGUAUUCAUGUUGACUACAGGCUUUGCAGGUACAGUACAGUCACAUCAUACGCGAACGUAACUUGCACAAAUUCAAUUAUACACAGGGUGGGAGGGGGGGCAGGGCUUGAGUUUGCGGUGGCGGUGGGAGGUUUUGGCAGCGUGGUGAUGGCCAGGUGACAUGCAGCCAUCCCCACCACCACCCCACGCUGCGCUGCUGCUGGCCACACAGCUCUAAGCACAGCUCCGCAGCGGCAGCAGGAGGUUUUGGAGGCAGAGGCAGUCACUGCUAGUCAAAUCGCUGGCACGGUAAUAUGCAAUUUGACUAUACGCGAUUUUUGCCUUACGUGCUGACUUCAGAACCUAACCCCUGCGUAAGAUGCGACUCCACUAUGUGUACCAGAGCAAAAGCUAUUUUUGAGCAAAAGAUUAUUUUAUCUGUGAAAUAAUUUAUGUUCUGUAUUUAAAAAUGUUCUAAACACUGCAGGAAAUUCCUUUGGUUCUUCCCUGCAUAUAAAUUAAUGAUGUCCUGCAUUAAUGCCCAGGUUAUCAACAUAUAAGUGGUAUAAGUGACACUGUUUGUGUGAAGGGGGUUCCUCAAUUUUGUCUUCUCUUGAUUCUUUAAAUAAAACAAAAACCAAAUGCUAGAUAAGGCCUGAUCUUGCAAUCAUUUGUCAUUCAGGAAGUCCUUUAUCACCAACUGCUUGUGUAAGGGUUGCAGCACAGGGAUCAAAAAUAAGAUAGCACUAACAGUCUGACCGUAAGUAUCCCUUUGAUCAUAAUGAUUAAUUUUAAAGCUUCCUAUAGAGCUGGUUAACCUUAAUUCCACCGAGGAAACCACAGAUAUUCUAAAGAUAGUGUUCCUUUAGUUAGCAAUCCUUACAAUAAGGUCUCCUAUUCUGUAUUACAUGCUGUUCAUGUGUAUAAAAUACUUGCAUACUGCACAUAAAUAAUGUUAAAAUCUCCAUUUCGAAUGGAUCAUAAAUAAAGAAAAAUUAUUUUGGUAUUUUUCUUUUUUUUUUCCUAGCUGAUUUUUAAAAUAGGAUAAAAAAUAUGUUGAUGGUGUAAUUUAAGCCUGUUAAAUAAAGCUCACUGUAUUGAUAAUAAAAGUUUACUGUUAUUCUGAA